UGAGCUGUGUGAGUAGACUGCGGCGUCCAGAAAAUAGAUAAACAGCAUGCUAACCUUAGACGCAACUAAGUUACAAACUUAUCCAACUAGAUACUUACACGCCAAAUUGUCAAACAGAAGAUGACAGAGAGGAGCUGCGCGCUUGUCUAGUGAUUUACAUGCGUUUGUCCUGCAACCCAUCACGGACAGCAAGCUAGUUAGCAACAUGAUGAUGGCCAGCUGAACAUUGUUGUGGCUUCAGCUUUAGGUAUUAUUGCGAUCACUGUUUAAUGACUUAACCUUCAUGCUUUGAAUGUUGCUUUUUCAUGCAUCCUAACCACAUGCACUCCAAAACUUGCUUGGAGCUGUUUAGAUUGUGGUGCUUGUCCGCCAUCAAGCUAAGCUAACAGCACAGGAAUAGUGUGCAUGGGCCAAACCCCUUUCACAUUAGCUCGCAGCUAACCAGCCGCUGGAUCUACAAGUUUGGACCAGAACGUGGAGAGUUUUCUAGGAAGAUACUCGGUGCACGUCGAACAAGCAGAAUGUUGGUUUGCAGAAACCCACGGAUCAUUUCCUUAGACAUUGAUCGAGACCUACAUUGACCCUAACAACGACACAAACCCCAAUCUUUCUAUAUUGGCUGCAAAAUGCACAUAGUAAACUGAGGCCUUGAUCUGCUUUGUCAGUUUCAACGAUGUAGCUUUGCAACCUACGUGCUUUUUUGUGGCAUAAGAACAAGGACAAUAACGAUGAACAAUCAAGGAACCAUGUCGCAAGAGAAGAUGGAGCUGGACCUGGACAUCCCAUCGACACUUGUUCAGAGUGAUGGCCACUUGAGACGAUCUAACAGCGAACCCAUGAUAAACGGCCUAAGUGAUGCUUCACAGGUGUUCCAGAGAGAGGUUCUCCGCAGCAGAAGAAACAGUACUACUGUUGUUCGACCUAUUGUGGUUCCAUCUUCGCCAGUACGUGUUCCUAGCACAAGACUACAGCGAAUCAAACAGGAAGAGGGUGUUGAUGUGAUGAACCGUGAAACUGCCCAUGAACGAGAGGUGCAGGCAGCCAUGCAGAUGAGCCAGUCUUGGGAGGAGAGUCUUAGUCUGAGUGAUAAUGAUCUCGAGAAAUCUUCAUCGUCAUCUCCAAAGAGGAUUGAUUUUGUGCCCGUGUCUCCUGCUCCUUCACCCACCAGAGGGAUUGGAAAGAAGCAGUGUUUCUCUCCAUCUCUUCAAAUUCUGGUGAGCAGUAACGGUCUGACACCCAGCCCUGUUCCCAGCCCAACACGCCGCUUCAGCAGGAGGAGUCAGAGCCCGAUCAACUGCAUCAGGCCCAGCAUUAUGGGCAACCUCAAACGCAAAGGUGAAAUGGAGACAGAAAGCCAACCCAAGAGACUCUUUCAGGGAACCACCAACAUGCUGUCCACAGAGGUGUCCCACUUGCCUGAACUUAACACUUGUCUGUCUCCCGAUCUUCUGGAUGGGAGUCUCAGUAGCGUCGGCUCCUCUGAUUCGCCCGCCAAGAUGGACGGCGUGUCGCCCUCCUCCAGUAACUCUCCCCUCACACCCCUUCAGGACCUUUCCCCUAAGUGAUCCGCCGAGCGUCACAGACAGAGAAGGAUUGGGGCUGCUUUUCUUCCACUCAUUCUUUCUUUUUCAAUGCCUUCCCAACAUGGCUUCUGUUCUUUUCCUGAAUUGUCCUGUUGCAUUUAAAGGAAAGUGGCCCAGGAGUUUAUUCGGUAUGGGACAGACCCUAAGGGCAUGGAGAGACUGUGGAUGCUUUUUGCAUCAGCUGCUAUAAAUAGAUGUGAGACGUGGUGUGUAGAUCUGCAUCAAAGCGAACAACAUCACAAAGGGAAGAUCUCUUUUUUUUUUUUUUUGGUCUCUCAAUUUGGCAAUUAUCUUUUUGAUAAGGCUUUGAAAAGAAAACUGCUGUAAACAGGAGAACAACUACAGGCGUGUUCUUUGAUUUACAAUCUUAGCUUGCCAACAGGUAUAGUGUGUGUGAGAAUUUAAUUUAUUUUUUGGGCUUUUGUUUUAUUUGUAUGUAAGUAUGUACA